AAGUGUAACGGCGAAAUCCUUUCGAGAAUACGUUCUUAGCGAAAUCAUUGAUCGCGAUGAGGACCAUCGUUUUCAGUUUAAUAUUUUUCUUGAUAUCGGUAUCGAUCGCUGGAUCAAUCAAUGAUUGCGAGGAUCCCAAUUUUCACUCUUUGGAGACGUUAGAGUCAUCCAAACUGGAGUGUGGUCCAGCUUUCAAGAAUCGUUGUCGCUGCUUCCGAACAUGCUAUGACGGUCACCAUCAGUACGUCGUGAAUUGUACGGGAACUGGAUUUCAGGAUACAUCCCCACUGGCGCAUCUGCCUAAUGAGACACAAGUACUCAUCUUUACGGGGAACGAAUUAGAGGAGCUGCCCUGGAACGUGUUCGGCACCUUGGAUAACCUGCCGUAUCUGAGGGUGAUCGACAUGUCGAAUAACAAGAUACGCGAGAUACGCGGCAAGGCUUAUCACCACGUGCAGCACGUAGAACGUCUUAUACUGGACUUCAAUGAGCUCUCGUUGGAUCCCGCGAGGAAUCAUCCGAGAGUGUUCUCCAAUUUCAUUUCUCUUCUAGAGCUGCAUCUGACCGACGCUUUCGAAGAUGGUCCACCGAGGAAUCUGGCGUCGACGCUCCACGAUAUUUUUGUAAACAGCAAUCUCACGCAGCUGAUAAAACUUCAUCUCGAACAGAACGAGAUCUCGGAGUUUCGAGAUGUCAAUGUAUUCUGUGAUCUACCGAAUCUCCUUGAUCUUCAUCUCGGCGAUAAUAAUCUGAAUGCGCUGCAUUUUAAUUUGUCGUGCUUGCAUAAUCUGCGUUUCUUGGAUUUACAACGAAACAAAUUCGCAAGAAUUCUUGAGCGCGAUCUCCACAUCAUGGACAAUCUCGCCAAGCACGAUCGAAACGUAACCGUGGAUUUUUCUGACAAUCCUUUCGAAUGCUCCUGCAAGCUCAAUCCGUUCAUCAAGUGGAUGAAGAAGACGAAAGUGUUUAUCCGAAACAAAGCCAACUUACAAUGCUACAAGGGUAAUGUAAGCUACGACUUCCACGAAACAAAGAAUUGCGCUCCAAAGCUCCUAGUUUCCGCUCGGCGAGGAACCACGGUGGUACUUUGCUUCCUCUCAAUAGUGCUGAUCGCCCUGGUGUGCGCUUUAGUUUACCUACAAAGGACAAUGCUUCAGAAAAAAAUUGAGCCGGUGCUUGAUUCGGUCAGCAAGAGGGUGCGAUACACCUCAAUAGCGAAUGGUGAUACUCGCGAGGAUGUGUGAACCUCGACAGAAAAGAUGCCACUCGUCGAGCGACUUCGUCUCGAUGAGAUCGUCAGUUCAUACCCAGAGCUCGGACCGACAGCUCCGGAUGGUGGAUACUCGUGGUUUGUUCUUCUAGGUGUUGUCUUCAUUCAGAUCACCGUGCCUAGCGUCCUGUCGAUGUACGGCAUAGUACGAGGAUAUUUAGUCAGCAACGAUCCAUCGCUUUACUUCGAUCUGUGGAGCGAGGUCACUUUGGCGCCUCUAUUAUUCGUUGCUUUUUGGAGCUUAGCAGAUCCAUGGACCAAGGCCAUCACGGAUCUAGCGUCGAUUCCACGACUGGUUGGUAUCAUCGGCGUGGCUCUUCUCACCACGGGUGUCAUAGCUUCCGGAUACUUGGCGACCGGUGGAAUGGGCGCAUAUUUAGCCGGUUUGAGUGCCGGUGCGGUGAUGGGCAUAGGGGCGAGUUUCGUGAUUGUUGAAAGCGAAACCGUGCUGCGAAAACAUUUCAGGGUGAGACUGCCGUUGGUGCUGAUGCUGAAGAACAUUGCCAUGUCCAUCGGCUUCACUCUUGUGCCGGCACUCACACAGUUCCUGCUUGCGAAAACCGACCUAAAGACAGGACUUUUGCUGAUGACGAUUACCUUUAUUCCUACUGCCUUAGGCACUCUGAUCUUGCGCUUUCCAACUCCACAGCGAGCAUCCCCUUAUAGAUUACUUCUGACCGACGAGGAUAAUGAAUUGGGCAGGAUAUCUUCGGAUAAAGAAUUAGAGUUUGAUCAACGGAAUAAUGGUACAGAUAACAUCGGCUACGACAGUGACAAACAGGACAGUAAUGUAGGGGCUUUGUUUAGCGAGGUGAACAGCAUCUACACUUAUCAAGAAGCGGACGAGGACGUCGAGCUCUUCGUCAAUCCGACCGUGCAAUCCGACGGCAAGUGGAAGCAAGAGUUUCAUGUGGCUCGCUAUUUCAAAUUUUGGGCGGUCAUGGUGACGUGGACUGGGAUGAAGUCCAGCUCACUCUUCUUCUGGAUUCUGAUACCCAGCUUAUUUCUGCAACGAACGGAGCCAUUUUAUUGUACUGACUGGGUAACAUUGUUGGUGGCUGCAGGUGUUGGUUCUUUCAUACCCAGCAUCGCUAGCUAUUGGUUCAUCGUCACUACCACUCAGUAUAGAAGAAUAUAUUUCGGCGGCGCCUGUUGGCUUAGCAGUAUUAUUUUGUUAAGUUUAAGUUAUACAUUUAACUAUUACUGGUUUCUAACGUGUUCGCUGUUCGGUGGUGUCGGCAUCAGCACUUUGCUCGUCUGCCAAGACUUAGCGCUCUGCGACGUGCUUGGAAAUCAAUUUGCGCAUCACUCUUACAGAUUGUUGUCUACUAUCGUCGGACUGAGCGUGCUGGCUUUUUGCUUUAUACACAACGAGAACAUAUGCCUUCGCAUAGUUGCAUUGCUGCAAUUUCUUGGUGGAUGUUAUUGGAUCGUGCCACCCAUCUGGGAAAUCAUACGUGCGGGGAAGCUGAGAGAAGGCUAACAAAAAUCAUUAUAUGCUGCAAUAAUUCGUCAAUAUUUAGAGCGUUAACAUUGAUGAUAAAAAACACGAUGAAUUCUUAAAUACCUUUCAAUAACAAGAAAUAUUCUUCUGGAGUAAUCGUAAGAAUGCGAGUACGAAUAUUUCGUAUGUAAUUUGUGUAAUUGGAAUAUGUAACUAUUUAAUCCUUUACGUCAUACAUUGAUUUAUGAAUUGCAAUUGAUUUUGAAUUAUCAAGAAUGUAAGGCAAUAUUGCACGCAAUGAGGAGUGAACCUUGCAUUUCUUAUAAUUUAGACGAGGUGCAAUAGAAUAAAUAUUUUUACAUUGUAUGAUUGUCUAGGUGUGAUCACAAAUAGUAUCGUAAAACUUUUAUUAAAAUAUCUCUUUAAUUAUCGUUAACGUCAAAUUAACAAUGCACGGUAUUAUCACUGUGAUUUAUACUGUCUUAUUUAAUUAACAAAUUUAUUCUAUUAAACUGUCCAUCAUCAUCAUUUUGCAAUACGAAUGUGAAUUUUUAUUUCUGACAUAUUUUUGCCUACUAAAUACGAAUCCGUUGAUAAAAUUUGGCUAAUUACAAUUUUAAGAAAAAUGGCGUCAA